AUGAGUUCUGAUUUCUUUUUUGAAUAUGAUUAUUGUUACAAUAUAGAGCAACAUCAUGGUAGAAGCAUAUUAAGUAAUUUAGAGGAUUCAAAUAAUAAGUAAUUUAGGGGUCCAUCUCGAUUUACUUGUAAAAUAGAUCCUUUAGAUGAAGGAGAUUAUACAGUAAAACCACCAACAGUAGGGAGUUAAUAUAUAGAUAAUGCUAUUUCAUAAUAAUCUCAAUAGUUAGAUGUGAAUAAAGUUCCAAGAAAAAUGUAGUUAUCACCUUCUGAUUCUAUAAUUGAAGAAAACCCUUUAGUUUCUAUUCGGAAACCAGAAUAGUAAAAAGAAACAAAAGAUUUUAAGGAUUUAACUCAAACAAAUACAACACAAAAAGAAUUUAUGAAGAAUUUUUUAAAAGCAGUGAUUGCAAAAAGUUAUUCGAAUCGAUUUAUUGAAAACAUGUUACAAAAAUCUUACAUUAAAAAGCCAUCACAUUUUUCUCAAUUUUAAAAUACUUUAAUGGAUGAUCUUCGUUAUAUGUAUUAACAUAGUAGAUCAUCAAAACAUUGGUUGAGUACUAUUUGUAAACGAUUAAGAUUCUUUCCAAUACUUGAUUAAAGUAGCUAUUUAGUAAUAGGAUGGUAAAUUAUUCAUAUUUUAACAAUAAUAACUGUAUUUUUUUGGACUCCUUUCAAUAUAUCUUUUGGAAUUACAUAUCAAUAGAUUGUAUUUGCUGGAGUUUCAGUUAAAAAUGUUGAAAAUUACUUUCUUAUUACAAUAAUAAUUGAUGCAUUAAUAGUGAUCAAUACAUCUUAUAUAGAAAAGGGAGUAAUUAUAAAAUCAAGGAGAAAAAUAUUUAUGAAUUAUUUGGAAGGUUAAGCAGUUUAUGAUUUAGUAAAAUUAUUAGUUUAAAUAAAUUUAGUUUUCAUUUACUGCACUUUUAAUUGCAAUAGAGUUUGAAAUAGACAAUUCAAAUGAGAAAUUAGGAUGGCAAUUGUGUCCAUAUUCGAUAUAUUAUUUUUGUAGAUUGUUUAAAUUACAAGGACGUGUGCAUAAAUUGGAAGAGUAAAUGCCAUAUGAAUGAUUUUAGGUUUUUCAAUUUGACUGGUACAUACUAAGAUUUCAUAGAAUUAAUAAAAUUGCUAUUUAUGGUUUUGUACGUGGGUCAUUUAUUUGCUUGUUUAUGGCAUGGUGUUGCUUUUUAUUAAUAGGGUUACAGAUUAACUUGGAUAGAUCAAUAUGUAAAUGAGGCUGAUAUGUUUUCAAAAUAUAAUUAUGCAUUUUAUUGGGCUGUAUAAACUAUGAUUACAGUGGGUUAUGGUGAUUUAACUCCAUAAAAUAAUGUAGAAAGAAUUUGUUCUAAUAUUAGUAUGUUUUUAGCAUGUGGGGUCUUUGCUUUCUCUUUUAAUUCUAUUGGAUUAAUGUUAAGCAAUCUAAAUUCAAGAUAGGUUUUAUAUAAAAAAAGCAUAAACUUAUUAAAUUAAUAUUUGGUAAAGAACUAAAUUAAAGUUGAAUUGCAAUCAAGAAUCAGAAACUAUUAUGAUUAUAUAUUUUAAGAAGAAUAAGAAAUUAAUGAUGAAGAAGUUUCUUAAAUUACAACUAAAUUAUCUAGUAGCUUAUAAGAAGAACUUAAUUUUGAAAUCCGUUUUAAUGUAAUGAAAACUAAUAAAGUUUUAACAAAGUUUUCUUAAAAGGUCUUGAAAUAACUAUCUCUUUAAAUAGAAGAAGUUAGGUUUUCGCCAGAAGAUUAAAUUAUAUAAUAAGGUAUUUGUGAUGAUGCUGCUUUAUAUAUAAUUACAAAAGGCAUAGUAUGUAUCUAAUUUUAAGAUGAGAACUAAGGAAGUAACACAAGAGCUCUAUCAUACCUUACAAAAGGAUAAUCUUUUGGUGAGUAUUCAUUUUUCACAGGUAUGAAUAGAACUGCAUCAGCUAAAAGUAUAGGAUUUUCAAGAGCUUAUAAAAUAUCUAGAUAACAAUUACUAUAAGUUUUAGGAUAAACUCCACUUGAUUUGGUAAAUUGUAUAUUAUUAUCAAGAGGAAAGGUUUUGUGAAGUCAGAGAUAGUAUUCUUCUAUCAAGUAAUUAUCAACCAUCUAAGUUGAGUUGUUAUUCUUGUUAAAAAUUCACUCAUCUAAUUAAAGAUUGUCCAGUAUUACAUUAUGUGGCAGAUCAAGAAAGAGUACUUAAAAAAGAAUAUUACCCAAUUUUUUAAGAUAGGAAUUAAAAUUUUAAAAGGAAAAUGGUACGCUAAAAGUUUGAAACUCUUAAAGAUUGUAAGAAAACAAUGACUUUGAUUAGAAAUUUUUAAACAAAAUAAAUUUUAGAUAAUGUUACGAUAAUGGAUGAUGAACUUGAUGUAUCUUAUGAUGAUAAUGAAUAAGAUGUAUCUCCAUAAGAAUAUUGUAAUUAGAUAAUUUAAUACUUUAGCAUCUCUCACAAAAAGUUUAUCUAAAAUAUCUAGAUAACAAUCUUAAAAUAGAAGUUAUUCAUAAGAUAAUCAUUUACAACCUAUAUAAGAGAGUGAUAGUUCUAAAGGUAGUGUUAGUCCUAAUAAACCAAGAGUUAAAUAAAUUAAAUAAACUAUUUAAACUGCAGGAUUUGGUGUAAGUGAAUCCCUUCAUAAUAGACUUGUAUCUAUAUAAGAAGAAUAAUAAACAGAUUCUGUUCAUGAUAAACCAUCUAAUUUUUCUUAAACAAAUCUUUAAAAAUUAGAAGACUAUAAAUUUUCAAUGAAGAAUGAUUCUCUUGGAUUACCUAAUCCAGCUGAAUCUGCUAGAACACCUGGUAGAAAAAUAACACUAGUUCGUAAAUAAAAAAAAGAAGAUUCAUAUAAACCUUUUUCUUCUUAAACUUAAGUUGAUACAAGAGAAAGAGGAUAAUCCAUUUAGAAUCCCAUUAAAAAACCUAAAUUAAAAGAUAUAAAGGAACUUUCAUAAGAAAUUCCUAUAUAUCCAUCAGUUUAAUCUGUUGAUAAGAGAGAUUAAUUAAGAAGAAAGACAACUAAAACUAAUAGAAGCAAAACUGCUAAAACAAUUAAAACUAAAAUUUAAGAUAAUCAUACUCAUACUUAAAAUUAAGAAUUAUCUAUACCUAUUUAUGAUGAACAAUAAUAUGUAUCUAUGGAAUUAGAAGGUUUUGAAGCAUUAAAAAAUUUUUAGUACUAUUUUAGUUGGAAUAACCCUAAAGUAGUUGUAGCUAGAGUUAUAAGAACUCUCAAAUUUAACAUGGAGAAAAGGAAAAAUUUUGGAAAUAUUUUUUCAUUAUAUACAUUCAACAAUCUGGCUAUGAAUAAAGCUUUAAGAAUCAAAAGAAAAUUAAAACUUAUGUAUUUCUUUCUCUUUUAAUAUUUAGUGAUGAUCCACCUAUCUAAACCACAGAAAUUAAGAAACCCCAUUCAUCAAACAAAUCUCCCAGAUAAACUAGAAUUGCCAAUAAGAGAAAUACAGCCGCAUAAGAUAUUGUAGGUUUUCAUCAUAAUAAACCUACUUUUGGAACAUAAAUAUAACUUUAAGGAUAAUCAUUUCAUUAAUUUCAUUAAAAUGAAUUUGAACUUAAAUGA